AUGGGUCUAAUGAUGUUCUCUGUGGUAGUCCCAGUUGCCGCUCUGUCUCUCUUCCCCCAUCAAGAAGCGCGCUUUAUUAUACCAAUUUUACUACCUCUGGUCUACUUGUACGGAAAUUAUUUGUACCCCAACGAAAGUGAUGGUCCGAGGACAAUGAAACUGAAAACAUCAUUACGAUAUGUAUGGUACACCACAAACAUUAUAUUAACAAUCUUUUUUGGGUUCAUUCACCAGGCUGGUAUAUACCCAUUAGCAAACAGUCUGCAUCACGAAAUAAAGAGUACGUAUGGGCAUCACAUGCACGUCAUCACCACACACAGCUACAGUAUACCAACGUUUUUAUUGCAAUUAGAGAGUACGACACGUGUUUAUAAGGAUCGUAGUACGGGGCGAAGAUAUCGUUUGGCACCCACCACGUUCCUACACAAAUAUGGAUCCAUGCCCAUUAACGAACUCUUCACAAAGAUAGACAAAACUCUAUCAAACGCAGAAGAGUUACUGCAUAAACAAAAAAGACAAUACAGGUUUUACGUCGCCUCACCCUGUUCUUUGGAGCAGAAAAUACGCGAAGAGAAUUCUAGAUAUCCCUACAUUGAUAUAGAAGAGGACUUUUCUAUCUACCCGCAUUUUAGUUCAGAAGCUCUACCAGAGUUUCCAAGUAGACGUGACCAAUACUGUUCAGGACAGAAUCUCAAGCUGUUAAAGGAAUCUCAACGGAUUGAUUUGACUUUGUAUCAAAGAAUCUCAUGUUACUUGAAAAGGUUCUGCCUCAGGGUCUAUAGAGUAACGCCAUCUAAAAAGACACAUUUUUAA